CCGAUGUAUCCAGUCCCCAUGCAGACUAUUAACCUACGAAGCGAUGAAUUCUGGUCCCACAUCACAAUGUCGCGGACUCGUUCCCUAGAUCCUAGCAUCCAUCUCGACCCCGUUGGUGAAGAUUCACGAAUUGCUGAAGUACGCUCAGCUGAUUUGAAUGACGAGGUCGAAGCCGUUGUGCACUACGCAUGCGCUGCCUUGUCCCACUGGAAUCGAUUGGCAUCCGUAUCUCGACUACCUGCAGAGAUCCUUACCAUUGUCUUCCGCCACCUGACUCCUACUAUCGUAUGGGGUCCGCUUCAUUCAUCUGUUAAUCGACGAGUUCACGCCGCUAGAGCGCGCUAUUGGUCCGAAAUGCAGUGUCUGAUCGAUGUCACCCAUGUUUGUCGAAUCUGGAGGGAUGUUGCGCUCAACGACCCAGCACUUUGGUCGAAUAUCUGGAUAGAAGAUGCGGAAUGGAGUGCAGAGAUGUUACGUCGCACUCGAAACGGUCCUUUAACGAUCGUACAAACCGACUCGGAGUACAUCGAUUCUCUUUGGCCGUUUUUGUCACUUCCCCAUCGCACCCGUCGCUUAUGUCUUCAUCACAUCGAUUCGGACGAUCAGGAUGACCUCGAAACGAUUUUACAGGAAUACCUCCGACAGCCAGCACCAUCCCUUGAAGAUCUGCAGAUUCAGCUUCCCUACCACUCUUGUCCUAUUCCGUACGACUUGUUCUCACAGGUCGCUCCUCGCUUGAACUCGUUGUGCAUCGACGGUACACCCGAUUGCGAUGCAUUCUUUCGCUCUCCUAUUAUUCGCGGCCUCACGACCUUAGAGCUGGGUCGAUCAUGGACCAAGAUGGAGCACUCCGCCAUUCUCUCGGACGUAGUUUCUGUGUUGAUGAACAACCCCGACCUCGAGACGCUCGUUCUGCACGGAUUCUUCAGCGCUACAGCUGACGCAAGGCUCUGGAGACCAAUAACCUCAGAGGAUGCCAUCCAUCUACCAGCACUGUCUUUCCUCGACUUGGACGGUGACGUGGUUGCAUGUACCGACCUCGUACGUCGGUUAUAUGUUGCCAGGGUACGCAUGUUAUUUUACCGCCUAUCCUACCCUUCGGGACUGGAUCGUUCCACCGAUUGGAUGUCAUCCACAGCUAUUCCUUUACUUCUCCACCCAUUACAGUCAGCACUGGCCACUCCCAUACAGACAGUCGAAGUAAUCUGUAUAAUUGGGCUAUCUUGGUCGGUCCAUCUGCUUGACAGGCACCUUCAAAGCUUGGAUGAGCACCCAGAGAAAAGGGACAGCAAUACGAUCCUGGAUCUAGAGAUUCAGAGUGAGUUGCCUUGGUCUAGGCAUACAACUGCCACGGCCAUGAGCGCUCUCACCCCGUGGCACCUAGACGAUGUUCGAGACCUUGUCGUAAAUACGAACGAUGUCCUGGGACCCACA